UAGGAAGUGCAGAUAUAAUAAGGGUCACUGAGAUAUCAAACCAUUUACCAGCAGGUGUUACUGCGUAGUUCACAGUGCACUUCCUCCUCUGAGUUUUCCAAGCACCCCUAGAAAUGCUGGGAGAUGUAUUGCCUUUGAUUGUCUAUCAGCUGUAAAAUAUACAAACUUCUUCCUGAUUUAUGCACACACAUACACUACAGUCAUUUUAAGCAAGCAAUGUAAUCAAUGAAGUAUUUCUGACUGCAUUACUCCUGCUCCUUUAUGCGUGACUUUGCUCUUUCAUGUUUAAACAAAUAAGCUUGAUUAACAAAGAUAGCUUUUACUUAGAAAAGUCCAGUUUAAAAUUUGAUAAAGGAGGUAAAAACUUGAUACAAUAUAAAGUGACUUAGAUGUUUUUUCAAUGAAGAAGGAAAAACUAAAAUAACAAGAGCAGUUUUGAUGUGAUGAAAACCUCAUGUGAUGAAAUGUCCCUCACAAUGAUCCACCCAGGAUUCCCUUCCUCCUCAGACUUUUCCAAGCACCCCUUAAUGCUGGGAAAUGUAGUACCUCUACAUGUCCUGGGACUGUGCAGCGUCUCCAGUUUCAGAAACUCAAUGAGCUGAUGCUCAUUUUAUGAUUACGGCAAAAUAUAGCCUUUCCUUUUUGAUUCAGUAAUACAUUAUUUAGAUGAUCAGAAAAGUAUUACAUUAUAAGGUUCCUAUUUCAUUUCUACAUCAUCUGUCUAAAGACUGUAAUUUAUUUUAAAUAAUUUAAAAAAGUUUUCUUACAUUGUUGGCUCAUUUAGUGGGAAAUUUCAUCUCAAGUUAACAACUUUGACCAGUGAAUACUUAAUCUGAUACUAUUCUUUACUGCAUUAUGACAUUAAGUUUUCUUUUUUCAAGCUUUGUCUGAGGGGAGCUCCACAAUCAGAUUUCUUCUUAACUCGUGGAAACCCCAGAGAAUUAAUGAAGUAACCUAAAGCUUGAUGCUUUUAAAAUUAAUAACAUAGACUCCGCACAUUUAACAGAGUACAUUUCUUUUAAACAGACUGCAGUUACACCCUUUAAUUUCAUGUUGACGGGAAAACGAAAGUUAAAAGUUAUAACCUAGUCAAGGCAGCAAAAAUGGGCCUUUAACUUCCAGUCAUAACCUUCAAACUAAAAGGAUUAUUUCUGCAUAAUAUCUCAUAGGGUCAUAUGAUCCCCAGCUAUACAUUACCCCCCCCUUCUCUAGAGUCUGAAUGACCCACAUUAUGUCCCACCUGUUGUCCAGUUAUUGAUGAAGACCUGCAAUUGUUUCAUGAACAAGUCAUGUAACCCAAUAAAGGCUUAUAACACCACAUUACUCCUGCUGCUUUAUGCUUCAAUGCCUGAAAUUUGCCCCCUUUGUCACGUUUGAUAAAGAUGUGGACCCAAAGGCAGACACAGAUUAGGAGUUUUGAUGAAAUUAAGUAGAUUUUACACACAGAGAGAGGCAGACAGGAGCACAGGAGACAUGAGGAACAAUUCAGUCUGCAAUAAUACAAAUUUAACUAUAAAAAAUAAUUGUAAGGUUGAUAAUGGAUCUAAAGAUAGAAUUUUGUCGGAUUCUUGACAUUGUGUUAUACAUCCAUUCUACACUACAAAAACCCUUCUUUAAGAAAUUUGAUUUUACUCUGUUAUUUUGAAGGCAACACCCAAGUAUGUCCGGUCGUAUUUAGGUUAAAUGCCACUCUGCUCCAGUGACACAAACCAAUGUGCACCUUAAUCUGCCUGGGAAGUGAUUCAGCUGGUUUUUCCAGACCUUGUUCAACAAAGGAGACAGCACACUAAGAAAACUUUAAAGGCUCCAGACAGUCAAGAACAACCAUCUACCAUGAACCCCAGGCUAACAAAGAGCCAGCAGGAAACAAUCUGCUCCAAGCUGGGAAGAGUUAAACUACAGCUGCUGUACAAGGCCAGCAUCCAUGGUUUCACCGGUGCAGCCUUCCACCAAAGAUGUGACAACCGCUGUCCCACAGUGUCUGUGGGCUAUAACUCCUCUGGAUAUGUGUUUGGAGGUUACACCAAACAACCAUUCAGUCAGUCUGGACAGUACGUACAUGAUGACCAGGCCUUUCUUUUCACCUUCAGUGGAGAACAGCUCAUCAAAUAUCCAGUUACCACUCCGGUUUAUGCAGUGAAAAUGAUGGCUAACUCCGGUCCAUAUUUUGGAGAAGCAUUGGUUCUUGUCAAUGGUAGCCAACCAAUAGUCUAUAACAAUCCAGGAAAUUAUUACACCUUCAAUGCUGCUCAAAUGCAUGGCAACAACCUCAACCUGACUGAGUGCGAAGUCUAUCAAGUGGAGGUGAACUCAGAACUUGAGAAGCCAUGGAGGCCAAUGGUGUGGGAACAACAGAAAAGGACAGAGAUGAUGGACAGUAUUAAGAGCUACAGUCCCAUGACCAGCUCUGUGUCCCAGAUUCGAGUCCUGCUCAUUGGACCAGUUGGAGCUGGAAAGUCCAGCUUCUUCAAUUCCAUCAACUCUGUAUUCAGAGGCCACGUCACCAGCCAGGCCAUCGCUGGUUGCUCUACCACCAGCCUCACCACACAGUUUCGCACGUACUCUCUGAAAGCUGGACGAGGAGGAAAACCUCUGCCAAUCAUCUUGUGCGACACCAUGGGAUUGGAAGAAACCACUGGGGCCGGGCUUGAGUUGGAAGAUGUUGUCAACAUCCUCAAAGGUCAUCUGCCAGACACUUAUCAGUUCAACCCCUCUGCUCCUCUGCAUUCGGAGGCCCACGGCUACCGUAAGUCUCCAAGCCUCAAGGACAAGAUCCACUGCGUGGCCUACAUCAUUGAUGCCUGCAAGGUCUCCAUCAUGCCCCCAAAGCUGGAGGAGAAGCUAGAUGCUAUCCGCAGAAAGGUCAACUUAAUGGGGAUUCCUCAGCUGGUCCUGAUGACUAAAGUGGAUGAUGCCUGUCCUUUUGUUUCAGAGGACAUUAGGAACAUUUAUAGGAGCAGCUACAUCAAGGAAAUGAUGCAGGAGGUCAGCGUUCGGACCGGUGUGCCACUGUCCUGCGUUGUUCCAGUGAAGAACUACAGCAAAGAGUUAGAGUUGGACCAAAACUGCGACAUCCUUCUACUCACCGCCAUCAUUCAGAUGCUUCGCUUCGCUGAUAACUACUUUGAUGAGCUCAGUGACCGCCUCGGCAAUGUUGGAACCAAAGAAUAGUGCUCAUGCUCUACACAGUAUGACCUCAAACGACUCCUUGGGGACCUCCAAAAACUCCUAGGAAUACUGGGAGAGAUUCAGAAACGCAGUAAGCUGCUCUUCGUGUUCCUUGGAGGUGUUUCUUCCUUGGGAUUUUAUUUUGUAUUCAUCAGGUAUUUAUUCUUAUGAGGGAUUUGCUACAUUAUUGACCAAUUUAGUGGGAUAUUUCAAUACAAGACUACACAUUAUCUACUACUACUACUACUACUACCUUUACUGCAUGUUGACUACACUUCUCGGAGAACAUUCAUGUCAUUAAACACUGAGUAAAACAGAUACAAAUUGCCCUGCCACAUAGCUUUCAAUUCAAUUUAUUUUCUCUAGUUAUAAACUUUUGCCGUUUGAGAAUUACACAAAAACAGUUCUUAUAUAUGUCAGCUUUUGCAGCAGAUGCUAAACUUUAUGCAUCCUGGCACAAAAUCUGUGUUUACUGAGUUUAAUGUUAUGAACAUUUACCAGUUAUCUUUUGUUUCUUAUUUUUUCCCCCCAUCAAACUAAGCAAUAAUUUGUUUAUUUAUUUACAUUAUUUGAUGAUGUCAGGAAAACAGCUACCCAGCAGUUUGUACUGGCAGAUAUAAUCAUGUUUAUUGUUAUGUUACAUGUUUUGUAUAUUCAGCUUGUGCUUCUACUUGUGUCUACGACAAAAACAGCUCUUGCUAGCCAGACAGGAUGUCACUGGGUUUGGAAACUUUUAAGUGUGUUCAUUAAAAAGACAAUAGAAAACCUGAA